UGUAACUAUUUUUAAACGGCAAAAUAAAUCUAAAAAAAAAAAAAAAAAAAAAAAGAAGGUAUAAACAGACAUCUUUUAUUAAGUAUUGUAAUGGUUCAAACUGCAAUAGCAACUUUAAAUGAUGUUGAUGAUAUAUUGGAGUGCAUUAACGAUGCUUUUAUGGAAUAUGCUUUUUUUAAAAAACCGGAAUAUCAUCAAAAAUUUACAAGGGAAAAUGUUACAUCUAUGCUAUUGCAAAAAGACUCUGUCUUUAUCCUUGCAUACAAUAAUGAAAUUUGUGAACAUUUUAAAAACAAAGUAGUUGGCACCAUUUUUUUACAUUGGAUAACUACCACAGAGACAUAUGUUUUAGAAAAUGAUUCCAUUGCAAAGGUUACAUUGAUAGGAAAGUUUUCAUCUCUUUCGGUACCACCAAAGUAUGCCAACCAAGGAUUUGGUAAAGCAUUAGUUUCUUCUGCUGAAAAGUACCUGUGCCAAGAAGUUUUUAAUACGAUCCAGCAUACGACUUUAAGUGCCAGUGAUAGUAAUAAAAAAAAACAAUUUGGUGUACUUAUGGAACUUAAGGCAAUAAAUUUUCGAAAAGAUUUACUUUCUUGGUACGAAAAACAGGGCUAUCAAUUUAUUAGUGAAAUUCGACAGUUGGAUGCAGCAUUUACACGCAGGUUGUUAGAAGAUAAGGAUGUCUAUUUUAUAUUAAUGCGAAAAAUACUAAUGUAAUUUAGAAAUUUUAGUUUUUGUAGCAUACAGAUUUUUGAUAGAUUAUUGACAAUUGAUUGACGAACGCAGUAUAAUAAAAAUCGGAACUGUAAAUUGUUUUUUUUUUGAAAAAAAAAAUUGAUUUUA